CAGAGAACCCACGUCAAGGUACGCUCAGACAUUCCCACGUUCCAAACGAGCAUCGGAACGAACAUUGUCCGCAGACCUCUGACGCUUCCACAAGUUUUAGCUUCACGCCUUUAACCAGCAGAACAUCCUGCUUCCAUUCUCGCCAGAACUCUCCCCGAACAACCAUAAUCAUAAUCAGAAAUGGCGGCACCCGGAACUCAAUCCCUCAAGUGCGUUGUCACCGGUGAUGGUGCAGUCGGCAAGACUUGUCUCCUGAUUUCCUACACCACAAAUGCUUUCCCCGGAGAGUACAUCCCAACAGUCUUUGAUAACUACUCCGCGAGUGUUAUGGUCGAUGGCAAGCCGAUCUCCCUGGGCCUCUGGGAUACCGCCGGACAGGAGGAUUACGACAGACUGAGACCGCUCUCAUACCCCCAGACCGACGUCUUCUUGAUCUGCUUCUCCAUCGUCAGCCCUCCUUCUUUCGACAACGUGAAGGCCAAGUGGUUCCCUGAGAUCGAGCACCACGCCCCCAACGUGCCAAUCAUCCUCGUAGGCACCAAGCUGGAUCUGCGCGAGGACCCCGCCACUCUAGACAGCCUCAGACAGAAGCGCAUGGAGCCCGUGUCAUAUGACCAGGCCCUCGUGGUCGCGAAGGAUAUCCGCGCGCACAAGUACCUGGAGUGCUCGGCUCUGACCCAGAGGAACUUGAAGAGUGUCUUCGAUGAGGCUAUUCGUGCGGUGCUGAGCCCACGUCCUCAGGAGCGAGGCAAGAAGUCGAGGAAGUGCUUGAUCCUGUGAAAGGCUUAAUACCAGAACCUUAAAAAGAAAACAUCUACACUUGUCUACUCACCUCUUCUCACUCUACUCGUCGCCGGCUCAUCAAGAUUCCCCCUGGAUCUCCCCAGGAUUCCACAUGGAACAGAUUUGUCGAGCCUGAGCCUCUUCUCUUAUAUUUCCUCUCCAGCAUACUGUGCCUUUUCAUGCGGCAAAAAAAUCGGUGCAGAUACCGGGGUUUUAUUUUUUGCUAAUUCGUCUUGCCUGGAAUUUAUCUCUUUUGUCGAUACUGCGAACAAAGAGAAAAGGGGUGUUGUGGGGGAGAAGGGGCGCGGAUAUCCAGUUUGAUGCGAAGUUGUUUAACGCGUUUUCAUGAGGACUCGUUGCAUGUCAUCGUCGCAUCGCAUGCAGUUGCAGUCGCGAGUUCAGCAGGGGCUGUGUCGCAGUCUGUGGUAGAUUUUCUCACUGGGCGACAUAUGCGGUCAGUUUUUUUCAUCGGGAAAGAAUGGGGAUGGAUGUGCUUUUGCGAAUCGCUAGAGUGGACGUUGGGACGACGCGGGGGGAAGUGAUAAUUGCAUGGGACAUGAUUACUAGGCCGAUAUCACCCUAGUUUGCGUAGAUAGCUGGGGAUUUUACUGAUGAAUGAAUGCAAAGAGGAGUUAUUAAGAUCUGAC